AUGUCUCUGUACAGAUCACUGCUGUCAGCGGCCGCUGCUGUCCUCAGCUCGACACCGAGAGCCAUGGCCUCGGAAGACGAUACCCAACCGGUGGGGGAGAAUCCCAUUGCCGCGGGUGGCAAGCACACCUACUCGACCGAAUUCCUCGGCCACCAGUGGGCCAACAAUAGCUGUAGCAAGCGUGACCUGGGCUUCACCGGAAAGCUUGGCGGGAAGUGGUACGCCGUGUACGGGGACACGCUGUGGUGCGCUCCAGGGAUCACGGACGCGACGGAGGAGACGCCCGGGUUCCACGGUAUGGUCAGGGACUCGCUGUCCGCCCUGACGGACGACCCCCUCGUCGUGGAGGACCUGCAUCUGAACGAUGACGAGCCCGUGCCUCACCAGAACCAGUUCGUGCCGUUCAAUGAGGCCUGGGGGGAGACGAACCGCUACGGCUUCGGCGGGACGAGUAUCGUCGAGACGGAUGCCGAGAGUGCUACGGGUGCGCUCUACUAUCUUGUCAAUGCCGAAGAACACUACAAAGGUGCCGGCGUUGCCAAGGUAGAGCUGGUCGAUGGCAUGCCCACCGUGACGAAGCGCCACGGCGACGGGCACGGCUACUGGUGGAGCGGCGACGAGACGCCCAAGUACGGCGACGUGGCCGCCUACCGCGACGAGCGCAGCGACUACAUCUACAUCCUCGGCAACCCGCCCAACAGCAUCACUGACUGGCCUGACACGUCGUACAUCUAUCAGGCCCGCGUGCGCGCCCGCGACGCCUUUGACCUGGACAAGUACGAGUACUGGUGGGGCCGGAGCAGAGGCUGGAAGGGGGACGUCCUCACCAAGUUCGACCCCACGACAGCCGUCAUGUGGGGGUGCGGUCAGGGCCAGAUGGUCUGGAGCAGGUACUUUGAGCAGUACAUCUACGUUCACAUGAACGGUCCCAGCCUCUGCCUCCGCUUCGCCCCGUCUCCAGGGGGUCCCUGGACCGGCGACGCGGAGCUCUACACAACCGAGCCGAUCGACGGCGGCUUUGUGUAUGCGGGACUGGCGUACCCUCACCUCGACGAGUCGGGGAAGACGUUGACGGUUGGAUGGACCAACAAUAACUUUAUCGAGAUUCUCAAGAUUACCUUUGAUUAG